AUGGGCCGGAUCUUCACACUCACUUCGUCUGCUACUCCAAGUCAUGCUGCAACAGGGCCGGCGGGUAUCGUGGCUCACGCCAAGUCAACCAUUCUUGCAUACAUCAACAUGAUCUACGAAGCUCUCGGUAAGGUUUAUCCAAUCAUACAAGACAUGAUGUCUGACACUAUCUGGCGACUUCUCCGCUACAAGCUCAUGAGUCCUGAAGAGGAUCACAUCAACCUCAAGGUGCAACUGGCAGAUGCAUAUCUGGAAUCGGGAAACUACAGGGAAGCACCUAGAACGGCAGAAGAGAUCAAAGAUGUUGAGUACAAGAGCGAGAGGAUGAUGCCAUCGUUGUAUAUGCUGUUUUCAAGGAUUGACGAAGUGGAAAAUGGGGCAGAGGGUGCCAUCGAAUCGGCACUGAGAUCUGUGGUGACGUGUAUGGAGAUAUUCGGAAAAUGGUCUGACUGGACUGUAAGCUCGUUGGAUUUCUACUGCAAAGUUCUCAAGCGUGCUUGGAGGGUUGAUGAGGUUAGGAGAGUGGUUCAAGAUUGUGACUUGGCAAUUGAGAAGUUGUGUGGCAAGUUGGAGGAUUCAGGCGUCAGAGUCUCGGACUGA